CUUCAAUUUCGCUGCUUAUAAAUACUGAACCACAACAUCUCCAAAUUCGUCACACAGAUCCAAAUCUCUUCUAAUUUCUUCCAUCCGGAAAAAAAUUCUUCAAUUUUUCAAAGAGCAGACAUGGAAACUUUCUUGUUUACCUCAGAGUCAGUCAACGAAGGUCACCCCGACAAGCUCUGUGACCAGGUCUCAGAUGCCAUUCUUGAUGCUUGCCUAGAGCAGGACCCUGAAAGCAAGGUUGCAUGUGAAACCUGCACAAAGACAAACAUGGUUAUGGUCUUUGGAGAGAUCACAACCAAGGCCAACGUAGACUACGAGAAGAUUGUACGUGACACAUGCAGAGAAAUUGGAUUCAUCUCAGCAGAUGUUGGUCUUGAUGCUGACAACUGCAAGGUCCUUGUCAACAUUGAACAGCAGAGCCCUGACAUUGCCCAAGGAGUUCACGGUCAUCUUACCAAGAAACCAGAAGAAAUUGGAGCUGGUGACCAAGGUCACAUGUUUGGCUAUGCCACAGAUGAAACUCCAGAGCUCAUGCCCCUCACCCAUGUUUUGGCCACCAAGCUUGGUGCCAAGCUUACUGAAGUGAGGAAGAACAAAACCUGCCCAUGGCUCAGGCCCGAUGGCAAGACCCAAGUUACUGUUGAGUACAAGAAUGACAAUGGUGCCAUGGUCCCUAUUAGAGUUCACACUGUUCUCAUCUCAACCCAGCAUGACGAAACUGUCACCAACGACCAGAUAGCCCAGGACUUGAAAGAGCAUGUGAUCAAGCCUGUGAUCCCAGCUAAGUACCUUGAUGAGAACACCAUCUUCCACCUCAACCCAUCAGGUCGCUUUGUCAUUGGUGGUCCACAUGGAGAUGCUGGUCUUACUGGCAGGAAAAUUAUCAUUGAUACCUACGGAGGCUGGGGUGCUCACGGUGGAGGUGCCUUCUCAGGAAAGGAUCCCACUAAGGUGGACAGGAGUGGUGCUUACAUUGUUAGGCAGGCAGCAAAGAGUGUGGUUGCCUCAGGACUUGCUCGUCGCUGUAUUGUGCAGGUUUCUUAUGCUAUCGGUGUGGCUGAACCACUUUCCGUGUUUGUUGACACUUACAAGACAGGAACAAUUCCCGACAAGGAUAUUUUGGUUCUGAUCAAGGAGAACUUUGACUUCAGGCCUGGAAUGAUGUCAAUCAACCUUGAUUUGUUGAGAGGAGGCAACUUCAGGUACCAGAAGACUGCAGCUUACGGUCACUUUGGACGUGAUGACCCCGAUUUCACCUGGGAGACUGUCAAGGUCCUCAAGCCAAAAGCUUGAGUGAGUGAGGUCUUGCAUUACAAUUUUUUGGCCAGUUAAAUUUCUACUGGCCAUUAUUCUUGUCGCGGACCAAUAAACAAGCUUCAUCAUAUCAUACAUUGAUAUUGAUAUUUGUUUUCUAGGCUGCAUUGGUGCUGGAAGAAGAGAACAAGCGUUUCCGUUCCGAGUCACUGAACAUUUGUUAUUUUCCUAUUUCUUUCUUUACCCUUUUCUGCAGUACCUUAUUUCUAUUUUGUAAUGAUUAUUGAGUAGCUGUGAUUUAAGUUCUCCUUGUUUUAUCCAAUUUAUAUAUGUUUUUAUCAUA